AUCUUAGUAAAGGAGGCCAGGGGAAAGUGGGGGGGGGCAAAAAGGGCAUUUCGGACGCUGUAAAAGCGAACCGAUUUUGUAAUUGAAAUUGGAGAGAAGAGAAAAAUUAUUUCUCUUCUCUCCUGAUAAUGCCAACCAGUUGCGCGGCUUAUGGGUGCACGGCAGUGUACAGGAAGAACACCAACACCAGCUUCCACAGGUUUCCCUCUAACCCCAGGAGACGGAUGGAGUGGAUACAACUUGUUCGGCGGGAAAACUUCAAGCCAAGCAAACACACUUUCCUUUGCUCCAAACAUUUUGAGCAAACCUGUUUUGACCGGACAGGACAGACCAGGCGCCUGCGAGAAGAUGCUGUCCCUACAAUAUUUGAUUUCCCUCCGCAUAUUCAAAAAAAGUUAACAGGCAGAAAGUCUCCCCUGACUUCUGUGGGCAUCAGUAACCAACAAACCCCACCCAAGUCCUUCACCAGCUCUGGCAGUAACACUAACAUUAGCACAAGUACAUGUAGUAGUACCAGUACCCAAACCAGCAGCAUCAAGGAAGUGUUCCAAGAGCACAGUUACUGUUUGGCAAAUCCUGUUGUCGCUAAGAGGAAGAUAUUCCAGUUACAGGAUGAAGUGGAUUACCUCAGGCAGCAAAUAAAGAUCAGCAAGCAGCGGGAACGCCGUGUGGUCAAGAAGUGGAGAGGGAUCAGCAAUCUUCUCGUGGAGCUCAGAGAGAAAAACCUUUUGCCUAGUGACAAGGAGCCAGAGCUUAUUCAGACUGUCUUAAGUGACAAAUCGCUUAAAAAGCUAUGAGCUGACAGUAAUUCACCAGUGCAAAUGGUUCUGUGGCCCAGAAAUGGCAGUUUGUUUCAUUAUCUUUGACUCUAAAGCACAGAAGCAAAAUGGUUUUCAGCAGCCUUUCAUUCACCAAACAGCAAUGCCUGGAUGCUUUUGUUUAUUUAUUGUUUAUCAACAAAUGGUUCACAAGUGAUGCACAUUGCAUUUGUUGAUGUAAAAUGUAACAGUGUUACAUGGCACCAGUGUUUGCGUUGGCAAUAAAUGUCUGCUCAGAAACACAGUCAGACAGGUGCUUUAUCAUGGUUUUAUCAGAAGGUAUUGGACAGUUAAACCAUGCUGUGACAUUUUUAUUCAGUGAACCCUGACAAAUAACCAGCUUGAGAUGUGCCUUGACACCUCAUAACCCUUCCGAACUACAGCCUCAAAACCCUUUAGUGAUGCAUUUGAUUUUGGUACCAAUAGUUCUGUCUGGAAGUGCCCAAGAAACAUUGUGCCAGACAGUAGCACACCACAAACACAAUUGAGACUUCAUUUGAUACAGGAUUUCUGCGGGUAGCAGUAAAAGAGAUAAGGUGCUUAUUCAACUAACUGGAAAGAACAUUUGUCAAUAACUGGUGCUACACCUGCUAUUGUUCGAGCAACAAGAGGAUUCCCCGGCAGAUGCAGUCUUUUGAGGUGCCAUCCAUGGUGGGCCUUAUUCAGAACUCCAGGAAAUUCUGAAAAAUGGCACCCUCCUCCCUGCAAACUAAAGGCUGCAACUUACUCCCACUUGGCCACACGUUAGUGUCUUCCGUUGAGUCUGCUGACUGUCCAACCGUGUACUGCAACUGUUGUAAACAUGAAAUAAACUGAGUGGGAAAAGAAUCAUUGAAUGCUGACACCUGGCUAUUGACCAAUUGGAGAAGCAGAAGUAUUCAUUGUUACAUCAGUAUGUCUCAUCAAGGAAUGAUAUGUUCCCUUCAGGAUUCACCUGCAGAACUUAUAAAACAACUGAUAUAAGAAUACUGGCAUGGUUAUGUAGCAUAUUGACAAAAUACAUAUUCAGGAAACCCAAUGCAGCAUUUUUAAUGUUGGUCACAUGAGGAGGAUGUUGGUUGACUUUCAGGUACUUGCCUGCAUCAAGAAGAUGAAACAUUUCAUAAGACAUUCUGAUACUACAUAUUAUGGUAUUAUAGGAUCACCUUAACUGGCCCAUCAAACAUUCAGCUAAUUGCAUGACGAGUUCAAACAGCCAGGGACAAAUUUCCACCCCAUUUCAUUAUUAAAGAGAAGAUGGAAUUUACACAAUGCUACAGCUGCCCUGAAAAUUACAGGUACCAGGGACAUGGGAUGAGAAUAAGGCCAUUUAGCCUGUUCCAUUAUUUAAGUAGUUUACAUCUGAUCAAAUCUUAAUGCUGCCCGAGACCUUGGAUCACUCUUACCUAACAAAAAUAUACCAACUGCUGUUUAUUUUUUGUGUUACCCAUUGAGUUUCCACCGCCAAAGGAACAAAUAAAGUAGUAAAGCUCCCAAGGAUUUUCCAGCAUAUAGGAUUACAGGUUGGCUUUCUGUGGUCUGGUGACUCCCAUGGUCUGGCAUGUUUUGAGUCUAUAAUACAGAUCUGUAAUAAUCAACUAACUCUACCUAAAACCUAACCAAGAUCUAAAGUAAAAUUUGUAUUAAUCCAUAUCUAAUUGACCAGUGCAACUUUAGCAAUAUCAGCCAAAAGUUUUCCCAGUUGACAGAAACUUUAGGUUACGGACAGUUCUUACAAUUUUCCAAUUUCCAUUGCCCCAAUUUUCCCACUAUAAAGGUCCUUCUCAGCUAUCAAAGGCCCUACCUGAAUGCACACAAAUGAGUGUUUGGGAGACCAGCAGAAUGUAUGGGGAUGGAUUUGUUGGCUGCUGCUGGCAUCUUCUGCCACCUGGAAAACUGCUUCACAGCUGCCUUGCCACCUUCUGAGUUUAUGAAGCCUAGCGAUGACGUGACUGGUUAGGGCAAGGUGAUCGGGAGAAAUUCCUGAUCAGCUCCCAAGCGGUCAAGUACUUGUUUUCUGGUAUGUUAUGUAAGUGUAACUCAUUACUGUAAUAAUAGACAAUCUAUACUACUUGCAACUUCAUGUCCAUGAAUAUUGUCAGCUGCAGGUAAAAAUGAAAUUCCUGCUGUAUUCAAACCAGUUUGCCCAGUGCGAUUCACAAAAUGACACUUUAUGAAUGUAAAGGUUGUAACAUUGAAUGUAUUUUGAAAGGAGGUUCAAUUUAAAUUUCAACUACCUGCAUGUUGAGAAUAAAUGCAUCUAAUUUAAAGUUUCAAGUCAACCUCCCCUCAGCUCCAACUGAUUCAGUAUCUCUUUCGCCAAAUUCAAAAAAUGUUGAUUAAAAAGCAGCUUGAAGAUUUACAACUGGGAAGCUAGUUUUAAACAAGAGUCCAGGUUUGGUUGCCAUGGUCACCACAGGCCAAAUGGUGUCCUUGUGUAUUGUAAAUGCCCCUGCUAUUUUCCAGCCACUAGACUGAAUAGUCUCUGAAAAUCUCUUCCUAUCUACAACUCUCCAUUCUCUUCUUUUUAGUUUAAGGAUUUAUUUAUUUCUAGAUAUUUUGGUUACUACCUCUCUCAUUUUAAUUCGGUAUUUACUUUCCAUACGACAGACAGACACAUGGAAAGUACCUUGUGAUUAUUUUCCUGCAUUACAUUCACUCUGUAAAUAGGGGUGGUAAUCAUUAAUAAGGGGAACUUAAUGUCAAUAAUAUUUUCAACAUGCUAUACCAACCAUUCGAAGAUGCAUAGUGUUUGAUAAAUGGAGUGCACGAAGUACAAGAAAACAUUUGCGAUAGUGUGUAGCAUGUGAGAGCAGAUUUGGAAGCUCGUCAUUCAUUUACUCCUGUUUGGAACUUGUUUUGAGAUUUCUUUCAGUCUGUGCAUGUUAGUACAAAAACAAAAAAGGCUGGGAAUCUGCUCUCAGACUACUGUAACAAUAGCUGCCAGCAAAGGACAGGAUAUGGGUCCUUGUUAUUAAAUGGAAUAACUGACUGAACCUUUCCAUGUAAGCUGCAGUUUUGUGCACUAAUGAAUAAUACCACCAUAAAUAUUUGAAUAGUGCAGAACAGGAAGCACUAUCUGACCCACACAGACUACAAUAAUUCUAUUGAAGGGGUGUAUUCCCCUUCAUGCCCCUGCACUGUUUUUACCCCUUCAAGUAUUUGUUCAAAUAACUUGUAAAAUUGUAGUAGUUUCUCUCCAGUGUCCUGCAAACAAUACAUUCUGUGUGCUAACCUCACAUUAUAUAUGAUGCUUUUCCUCUUGUCACCUAAUUAUUUUGCCAAUCCCCUUAAAUCUGUGCCUCUAAUUAUAGCCCCUGACAUCAGUUUCUUUCUCUAAUCUCUUUAAGUGUUUCAAGAUUUUUGAUAUCUCUGUCAAAUUUCCCCGAGCCUCCUCUGUCGUAUGUUGUGAACAACAGAUUUCAUGACACAUGUCAGUGAUAACAAACCUGAUUCUGAUCCCUAAAGAAACUCAUCCUUUAUCCCAGGAACCAUUAAACAAGUGGGUUAUAACCUUUGGUUUUGGAAAAGACUGCCUCAGUGAGAUCACUCUCAGGUUUGAUACCUUGUAUUCAGUCUGGGUAGACUUCAACCUGAUGGCAAGAACAUUGAUUUCUAUAACUUCUAGUCAUUUCUCUAACCCCCCCCCCCUUCUCUUUUUCCAUUCCCCAUUCUGGCUUCUCUCUUGCCCUUCUGACCUUUCCAUUGGUGCCCCUCUCCCUUCCCUUUCUCCCAUGGCCCACUUUCUUCUAUUAGAUUCCUUCUUCUUCAGCCCUUUACCUCUUCCACCUAUCACCUGCCAACUUCUCACAGCAUCCCUUUCCACACCCACCCACCUUACCUGGCUUCACCUAUCACCUGCCAGCUUCUCACAUCACCCCUUUCCACACCCACCCACCUUACCUGUCUUCACCUAUCACCUGCCAGCUUGUGUUCUUUCCCCUUCCUUCUCAGUCCUGAUAAAUGGUCUCGACCCAAAAUGACAACUGUUUAUUCUUCUCCAUUGAUGGUGCCUGAAAUGCUGAGUUCCUCCAGCAUUAUAUAUGUUAUUCUCGUUUGUGGAAAAGAAAUUGCCUGUGCUCUUUUUUUUAACUUUACCCUUUUUUCCUUGUCGAAUAAUGUUUGCAAUUGACCAGAGGAAGAAUGGUGUGGGUGUACCAGGAUAGUGAUUGCUGUCCCAUUGUGUGCUGUUAUUCCACAAAUCAUUUCAGGGGAGAACUCUGGUAUAGCAUAGAUCAAAUGCGCCAUUUCAUAAACACAAAGAGAUUCUGAAGGUGCUGGAAAUCCAGAGCAACACACACAAAAUGCUGGAGCAACCCAGCAAGUCAGGCAGCCUCUACAGAGGGGAAUAAACAGUCAGCGUUUCGACCCCAGACCCUUCAUCAGGACUCAUGAGGAUCUGGUGAUGGGUCUCGGCCCGAAACUUCUAAUGUUUAUUCCCUCCGUAGAUGCUGCCUGACCUGCAGGGUUCCUCCAGCAUUUUGUGUGAGCUCCAUAAGGGUGAAUGCUUGAAUACAAAGGACAAAUAAACAGUGAAUAAGACUUGACAACUUGGUCCUUUCAAAUUUGUGUGUUUAAUUUGUUUACAGUAACUAGACAGUCCAAGGUGCUAGUAUUUCAGAUUAAUUAAAGGAGGUUGAAGAGUACCAUCUUUAUAGUCUUGGUUGCAAUGGUUUCAGUUACAGAUCCAGGCACGAGACGUAACAAGGAUUCUAUUUUAUUUAAUAUUGGUGUUCAGAACACUGUGCAUUGUGACAAAUGCAAUAAAGAAUACUUUU